UACAAUGAACUUCCAUAUAAUGAAGCUCUCCUUAUAAUGAACUGGUUUCGAAGACACUGCUUUUUCGUUCUACUUUCGGUGUAUUUUUGUCUCCUUAUAAUGAAUUUCUAUAUAGUGAAGUUUUCUAUAUAAUGAACAAAUUUUACAGCUGGAAAUUCAAGCGUCCUAAGUUUUUGUCUCCAUAUAGUGAAUUUUUUCAAAAGUUUUCUGUUGCAAAAAAUUACAGUUAGAUGUGGACAAACUGUAAUGAGGGGAAUCCCAAAAUUAAAACAGAAAGAGCUGAGCUAUUACAGUUUUAUUCAGUGAUUGAAGUUAAAAUGACGCAUCGAAGCUGCAUUUCGCUUGAAAAAAAGUUAUUAAUGAUUAACAAAGUUAAUGAAGAAAAGAAAAAAAAAAAGAAUUCGGAGUUCUUCCCAGCACUUUAUCAAAUAUUUUAAAAAAUAAGGAAGUGAUUUUAAAAAAUGCGGAGGAUUUGGCAGUAAAUAUCAAACGCAAAAGACUUCGACCUUGUAAUUUUGAGGAUAUUGACGAAGCAAUGCUGAAAUGGUUACUCGUUGCACGUGGUAAGAAUCUCCCUUUAUCUGGACCAUUAUUGAAGCAAAAGGCCACAGAUUUUGCGGAAGCACUAGGACCCCACGAAUUUGAGGCAAGUACAGAUUGGUUAGACAAGUUCAAAAGUCGGCAUGGCGUUAUUCAAAAGACAUUGUGUGGGGGAAGUGCUGACGCCAACAUAGAAAACCGUGAUGAAUGGGUAACGAACGUCUUACCGAAAUUAAUUGAAAAUUACAACAUUAACGACAUUUUUAAUGCCGACGAGCAGAGCCGUAGAGAGCAUAUCCGGGCCCCGGGGGAAAAUUCCGGGCCCCGGGGGAAAAUUGCAAGUGCGGGCCCUUUCCAAUAAUGUCUAAUUCUUAUAAAUACGUAUAAUCUCGAGUCCGGGCCCCUCUGAGAACUCCGGCCCCGCGGGAAAAAGUACCCUGCACUGCCCACCCUAAAGAUGUAAGAGACAAGUUGAGAAACAUUCAUCUCGCUUAUUUUCCUCCCAACAUGACUUCGUUACUGCAACCAAUGGACCAAGGCAUUAUCUACAACAUGAAACAACAUUACAGAAAACGAAUUUUAACGAAUAUAUUGACUCAAGUGGAUGAGGGAAAUUCUGUUGUGGCCAUAGACUUGCUGCAAGCAGUUCGAAAUCUUAGCAAUAUAUGGAAUGUCUGUGUUAAACCAGAAACAAUUGCCAACUGUUUUAAAAAGGCUGGAUUUUCAAAAGAUGCUAUUCAGAUUCCAUUUGAGCAUUGGGAUGAAGAGGACCUUCUUUCAAAAUCGGAUUUGGCUGCUUUACAGUCUUCAUUUAAAAAAGUAGCAAAUAUCGAAGCAUCGUUUGAUGACUACGUAAAUGUUGAUAAUGGUGUGCAGACUUGGGACAACCCAUCCGAAGAAGAUAUUCUCAACAGCAUUUUUGAAAGUCGCGGAGUUCCAGCUGAACCUGAUAACGAUGAACACGAUUUGACCGUUGAAGAAUUGGCAGAAACUGAGGAGGCAUUACCUACGUUGAUACAAGCUGCUUCAUCCAUUAGCGUAAUUAGAACCUUUGUGGAAAUCAGGAGUGACGUGCCGAUUAAUGUUUUCAACUCUCUACAUGAUUUGGAAGCUUUUAUUGAAAAUGAAAAAUGGAAGACUGUAAUUCAAACCAAACUCACUGAUUAUUUUAAAUAAAAUUACAUAAAAAAUCAAUGUUUCUUUAUAAUGAAGUUUCUAUAUAGUGAAGUGAUUUUCAGGUCCCGUGCGAGUUCACUAUAUGGAAG